AUGGCGGCGACAGAUGAGGCGGUGACAGGGGCGUGGGUGGGGGGGCUGCGAGUGCUAGUGGUUGACGACACGCCUGUAAACCUCCUCGUGGCCCGCCGCUCCCUCGCCAACUGGGGUGCCCGAGUCACCACCGCCUCCCGUGGGGAACAGGCGAUAGAGUUGAUCGCUGCUGGGGUGGAGGGAAGUAGAGGUCAGGAGGAGGGGAGAGGGGAGGAGGGGGCGAGUGGGAAGCAGGAGGCAAGAGAGCAGCAGGAGGCGAGAGAGCAGCAGGAGGCGAGAGAGCAGCAGGAGGCGAGAGAGCAGCAGGAGGCAAGAGAGCAGCAGGAGGCGAGAGAGCAGCAGGAGGCGAGAGAGCAGCAGGAGGCGAGAGAGCAGCAAGAGGCGAGAGAGCAGCAGGAGGAUGUGUCCCUGCAGCAUGCGUUCGACUUGGUUCUCAUGGACCUGCAGAUGCCGGGCAUGGACGGCUUCGCAACAGCAGCAGCCAUACGGGACCUCGAGAGGAGAGUGGAGUUUGAAGCCGUUUCACGGGCACAGCAAUUGCAGCAGCAGAGGCAUCAUCAAACCCCUUCUGCUCUGCCCAUCCCUCCCCUAGAAGCUUCAAACCCUGCUGCUGCCCCUGCUGGGUGGCCUGUCUCCCUGCGGGUGCCCAUAGUGGCUCUGACAGCCGACGUGGAUCGCGGAGUGGUGCAGAGGUGUGCAGAGGGGGGGUUUGACGGUGUGCUGCAGAAGCCAGUGGAUGCCCACCUGCUCGCUGCCCACCUCUCCCACAUGCACUUCCAACGCUCCCUCCGACGCUAG